AUGAGUUCGGCGAAUGCACGAUUUUGUGAGGGGGUUUUGGCAGCAGAAGCGGAAACUUCAUGGAGUGAGGGCCAUGGAGGGAAACACGGACCGAAAGCACACUAUAAAAGACAAAUGCAAUAUGCGCGUGACGGGGAGGAAACCUCACACAGUGAGGAUAGUGGUGGAGAGGUGCAAGGGGCAGUCUAA